CGCUCAUGCUGCGGGAAACUUUUAGCACCAGCGAAGGUAUUUGGGGGAAAAAACAGAUUGGGGAGUUCGGGAGAGACCACCUUUUCCCGGACGGCUCUCGCUCCGUGGAGCAGGGACGGAGAGCGCGCGUCGGCGCUCUGCGUAAAAGCCCCCCCGGCGGCGUUGGCGCACGGGAACCGGGAUCCCGGCACCGUUUCCCCGUCUCCCCUGUCUCCCCGUCUCCCCUCCAGCCGAGCCGAGCCGAGCCGAGCCGAGCGAAGGGCAAAGGGGGAGCUAGAUGCGGCUGACUGGCGACCCUGCACCGGGAACCAUGAACAGCGGCGGGUCGGGCAACUUUCUGCUGGUCCCCAUACCCGAGUACCCCCUGUUGGACUGCGUGCCCAACAAGACGGUGAAGAUCGUGGUGCUGGGGGCGAGCAACGUCGGGAAAACCGCUUUGAUCGUCCGGUUUCUGACCAAGAGGUUCAUCGGGGAUUACGAAGCAAACACGGGGGCGCUUUACUCCAGAAAGGUCACGCUGGACGGGGAGGAAGUCUCGCUUCAGAUCCAGGACACACCCUGUGUGGCUCUCCAGGACGAUGCGGACGGCCUGUACUGCCAAGAGCAGAUCAACAGGUCGAUCUAUUGGGCGGACGGCUACGUGCUGGUCUUCUCCAUCACGGACAACAGCAGCUACCGGACCAUCCAGCCUCUGUACCAGCACGUCCGGCGCAUCCACCCUUCGGGAAACAUUCCCGUGAUUCUGGUUGGCAACAAGAGCGACCUGCUUCGAGCCCGACAAGUGCCUGCCGACGAGGGCGAGACGCUGGCAGCUUCUCUAGGAGGGGUUUACUUCGAGGCCUCGGCCAGAGAGAACCAUGAGGGAGUUCACGCCGCCUUCAUGCAUCUCUGCCAGGAGGUGAUCCGAGCGUUUGGUGGAGGGAAUGGGGAGAAACGGAGAGGAGGGCUCCACCUGGCCAGACCCAAAUCUCCCAACAUGCAGGAGCUGAAGCGGAGGUUCAGGCAGGUCCUCUCCUCCAAAGUCAAGUCGGCCACGACCAUCUGACCACAGGUGGGGACGGCAGCACGCAUUCGAGUCUUCAGAGGAAAAUUACAAGGCGGAAGGCGAAUCACAAGAGGAGGUAUUGAAGAGCUGUGACCUCUGAGUUUAGGGGGUCCGAAGCCACCGAUGACACGGAAAAAGAAAAAAAGAAAAAAGAGCGCGGUGGAGUCGGCAUGAAGUGAUCAAAGCAUUUCAAAGAGCGGUGAGGAGUUCUCAUCAGAUGGACGGAUAACGGCAGGGAAUGAAUGGAGCUCUCUGGCAGUGGGGCUCCUCUGGAAAGGGACUGGCGGUCAGCGGGGCCCACUCACAGGAGGUAAAAGGAACGCUGCCCGGAGCAGACCGGUCAAAAACUGGACCUCGCUUCCUAUAAGGAGGCUCUGAAAGUUGACCAAACUCUUGGAUGCAACGGCGCAGAUCACAGAACAGGUUUUUAGAUUUUUCCAUUUUGGAAGACGCCAUUCAAAAGAAGCUAAAAACUACAACACAAUAAAGACUGACGAUUGUGUCCAGUCAUACGUGUUAUGUUCACGUCAUCUCCCACCCGGUGCUGGUCAGUUAGUUUAGAGGUUAGUUCAGGUUGAAGAGCCUGAGAAAUGGACCUCUGGCACUUAAAAGUGCUUUUUUACAGUUUAAGUCUGUCUAAAAAGCUAUGAUGAAGUUGUGCUUGUUUGAAAAACCCUUUCUGAACAAAACAGACGCACAAUUAUUUAACUAUGCAACUGGGGGACCAGCAUGCAGCCCACUAUCAAACCGCCCACUGGCGGGCAACGGCCCCUCAAGCCCCAGUAGGUAUUUUAUCAAAGGAAUUUAUCAAAUGGAAGAAAAUCAAUUGGAAGAAAAUCCAGAAUUUGCUUUUAAUUGCGAACGAAAAUACGUUUCCCAGCCUAAACUGCUCAGGGGGUACGAGGAUAUUUUUUUACCGGAAGCCGCUUAUUUCUAAUUCUGAUCUUCUCGAUAUGAGUUAUCCCCGUUCACAGUGCCUUGUUUGGAGCAGUGUACACCUACAAGACCCUGUUGCCUUGUUUCCACAUAUUUAACCUGUGUAUUAAUAUCCAGCGCGAGAACGAAAUGACAAUAACGCAAAUUUGGCGCUGUUUGGUUUGUGUCAGAAGCGUUGAUGAAGUUUUGACAUUCAUUGUAGAUUACAUAAAAACUGACCAGGAAGUCCCCCACACAUCAUGUAAACGUAGCACUUACAUCACCGUGAUAGAUUCAAACUUGAAAUCCCUCUCACGUGUCAGUGCUUAGAAAAACCCUCCAGUUUACUGUUUAUUGGUGUUUGAAAACGGAAGACUCAAACAGCACCGCGGUCUGCUAGAGUCACCCACAAAUGCUUAAUAAAUGAUUCAAGAAUGAUUUAAAAACGUCACGUUUUCUUCAUUCAAUCAGCAAAAGUAGCAUUUUUUUGUCUCC